AUUUCCCUCAAUUUUUACCUCCCCCAUUUCUCCUCUACUGUAUAUCACACUUUCACCUCCUCCCUCCCUCCCCAUCUGCCUGGGCUGGGCGUUGUACCAUCGGUCAUUUGGGCUCCUCCUCUUCCUAAUGCCUGGAUAAUAGUGGGUGCAAAGAGAACUUGAACUUGCAGCCAGCUCUGAGAGGUGAAGGAAGACAUCUGUUCCAGAGGAGCAGCAUUCACUCUAGUUUGGGACCUUCAGGAUCUUCGCUUGUAAAAGUUUUAAGUGAUAAAGCUGCCAUCAGCCAAGUGGAUUUGUGACACUUCAGCCUUUGCGGGAUCUCAUGGAGAUGAUUGGACCCGCCCUCAUGCACCUGCUGGUCUUCCUGGGUCUGUCUUCAGCUCGCCCUCAGCCAGCUUCCCCACACAUUCCAGGAAGGAUUAAGAAGGUCUCACAGGUAUCAGGCUUUCUAGGCGAGACGGUGCUAUUGCCAUGUGACUUCUCCACAAUGCUAAUAUCUCCCAGAAGCCUGGAACACAUUUCCACACAUACUCCAACAACCGUACCCCCCAGUCAGAGAGAAAAUGCCAGGAUCCAGUGGGUGAAAGUGGAAGAGUCACAGGAUGAGUUGCUGGAGACGGGGGUGGUUGUGGCGUUUGAAGGGAACAUGAAGGUGGCUUCGGAGUUCCAGGACAGGGUGUCGGUAUCCAAAGAUCCGCUGGCGGCGGGUGAUGCCUCUUUGAUGAUCACGGGGCUCAGGGCAAGUGACAGCGGCCUUUAUCGCUGUAAGGUGAUGUAUGGGAUGGAGGACGCUCAGAGCACCGUCAGCCUCAGAGUCUCCGGAGUGGUGUUCCACUACAGAGCCAGCAGCAGCCGUUACACUCUGAACUUUACUGAGGCCAAGGAUGCAUGCAGCUCUGUGGACGCCAUCAUGGCUUCACCCAACCAGCUGACCGCUGCUUAUGAGGAUGGUUAUGACCAAUGUGAUGCAGGCUGGCUGUCUGACAGAACAGUCAGAUAUCCGAUUGCUCUUCCUCGCCCGGGCUGCGCGGGUGAUCUGUUGCAACAGCCAGGUGUGAGAACGUAUGGCGUCCGUAACCCUGCAGAGAAGUAUGACGUCUACUGCUUCGUAGAUAAAGUGCACGGUGAGAUCUUCUACCCUCUCUCCAUCAGUGAAAAGCUCACCUGGCAGCAGGCAAAAGAAAAAUGUGAGACGUAUGGUGCUGCUCUGGCUUCUCCUGGUCAGCUGUUUGCAGCCUGGAGGGAGGGGCUGAACCGCUGCGACUAUGGCUGGUUGUCUGACGGUAGUGUCCGGUACCCUAUCAACGUCCCCCUGCCUCAGUGUGGAGGUGGAACACUGGGGGUUCGUACGCUCUACAAGUAUGAAAACCAAACCGGCUUCCCUGACCCCACAGACAAGCAUGGAGCUUACUGCUUCAGAGAGAUACUACCAGACCCAACCACAGCUAGCGCUCACACUGGUCCAUACCCUGCCAGAGCUGAACUUCAGACCAGAACACCAGAUCUGGGCCGUUUUUCACAAACAGAGAGCCCACAUGUGGACCUCAACUCCCCCCUUGUUACAACACUGGCUACGUCCACCAUCACCUUUCAUGACUACGAUGUUAAGGAAGAUACGCGUCUGGUAGAGGCUCUGCCGAAGUGGGACACGCUCAGUCCUAUAUGGCUCCCAGCUUUAUUUGUCCCCCCAACACAGCCAGAAUACCUGGACAUCUCCCAGCACGGGGAGAAGGAAAGUCAGGUAGCAACAGGCCGGAUUGAGAGCAGUGCUAGUGGGGAUGGAGGCAGUGAGGAUGUUAGCUCCAAAGGGACUUUGGGAGAUGAAGUAACCCCAAAAACCAAACUGACUCCAGAAAUCACCACAAGGAUGGAAACCUCAUCAGCAGAAGCAGCUCUGAAUCCUGCACUUCAUCCAGCAAUCACCACAACAGAACAGGACCUGGGGUCCGUCCCCACAGAGGCAGGACAACAAGCAGCACUGGUUUUUAAAGACGAGGACACUCCUGAGGCCAUGAUAAAGUUAGACCUAGGGAACCCUCUGGUCCUUUCUCUUGGAGAAGACUCACCAGCCAAACCUCCCCUUCAACUCAUCAUCGUCAAUGCUCCAAAAGCAAAUGAGUCAGUGGACCUUGUCCUGGGACUCCUGGGCCUUCCUCUCAACGUCUCCGACUCGUUGACCUCCCUAACCGGCGACCUCACACAUGUAGACAGUGAAGCUGACUCGAGCAGCGGAGAGGUUGAACUCGUUCAACCGUUUCCCAUCAACCUGCCAACAGCAAUCAGCUUUGUCAACGGAAACCACGAGGUGACGUUGGAGCCAAAACAUCCAGAGGAGGUUCGAGGAGAUCAGUUUGAGACGGCCACACAUGUCCAAGUGCAGGAGGAGGACAGUCAGGAGACAAACCUGGGUGUGAUUCCCUCAGAGGACAGUGUCCCACACAUUCCUUCAGAGGAGACCAGUGAGGAUGUGCUCACGGACUCAAAUGGACUCAAAACUGUCACUACACAUCCACCAGUGGUCUCAUCGGUGAAAUCUACCACAUCAUCAGACUCCAUCCUUGUUGGUGUCCCUCCGUUAUUUCCUGGUGAGUUUUUCUCCUACGAGGACAUGAACUCAGAGGGGUCUGCAGGCCACCUGACAGACGACGAGGCUGGUGCUUCUCAGGAGGGUUCUGCAGAUGGAGCUCUUCAAACCUUAACUUCUGACAGUGUGCUGAGUCCUAGGACUGAUGAGACAGAAGUGGGAGGAACAGAGUCUUCCACUUUCAUCCCAGACUCAACGUCACAUGAAACCACCACACAGGGUCAGGUGGGGGACUUUGAGGGGUCUGCUUCAGGAGAAGAUGAGGCCUCAGGGCAGGACAUUUACCCACCAGGGAAGACCCGAUUCACCAGCACGCCACCACCCAUCUACUCCACCACUCACACUCAGCAGCCUCCAUCUGUUCAGGAAACCAGAGUCACAGAGGAAGCUGUAGAGGGACAAUCUGCUGAUAGAAUGACGGAGACAGGCUCAGGUGUGGAGCAGCCGUCUAGAGAAGAGGAGGCUUCUGUUCUAGCUGAGCCAUCUGCAGACGACAGCAUCUCUGAUGCCUCAGCAGCUGGGACCACAUCAGGAACACAAGACACAGCCUCAGAGACCAGUACACACAGACCCUUCACACACCUCAGCAUUGCUGCAUCAAACCAGAGGACCAGGAUGUCCACCACCUCUUCAGACCACCUCACUGAGGCGUCCAGCACAAGCUCCACUCAGAGAGCAAGUCUGACCACGCUCUCCACCAUGUCACCCUUUUAUACCUUUGACCACAACAACCACUCUGUCCCUAAGUGGGCUCUGACCCCUGACCCUGCUGCCACACCUCUGCCGGAUGAGAAUGUUAUGGACUAUGAUGGAAUAAGCAGGCCGUAUCUACCGGAGUCUCCCCCGAAGACCCCUCUAGAGGCCGGGGUCAGGGAGGAGCCUGAAACCAGCACAGACAUGACUUCUGUGAACGUCAAAGAUCUACUGCCCUGCUCCAUCAGUGAGUGUCAGAACGGAGGCUCCUGCUACAGGACAGGAUCCCAAAGCAUCUGCAUUUGUGCACCUGGAUACACCGGGCCUCAGUGUGAAACAGAUGUCGACGAGUGUCACUCCAACCCAUGUCUGAACGGAGCCACUUGUCAGGACGGGGUCAACUCCUUCACCUGCCUCUGCCUGCCCAGUUACUCAGGAAAGCUGUGUGAACAAGACACAGCUGUGUGUGGAUUCGGCUGGCACAAGUUUCAGUCUCAUUGCUACAAAUACUUCACCCACCGUCGGACGUGGGACGCUGCUGAGAGGGAGUGUCGUCUCCACGGAGCCCACCUGGUCAGCAUCCUGACCCAUGAGGAGCAGAUGUUUGUUAACCGUCUGGGCAGCGACUACCAGUGGAUCGGUCUGAAUGACAGGGUGUUCGAGAGGGACUUUAGGUGGACGGACGGCAGCCAGAUGCAAUAUGACCACUGGAGGCCAAAUCAGCCGGACAGCUUCUUCCAGUCUGGAGAGGACUGUGUGGUGAUGAUCUGGCAUGAAGGAGGACAGUGGAACGAUGUCCCCUGCAACUAUCACCUGACCUUCACCUGCAAAAAGGGAACAGUUUCCUGUAACCAACCCCCGGUGGUGAAACACGCUGAUGUGUUUGGAGCCAAGAAGCCUCGCUAUGAGAUCGGCAGCCUGGUGCGCUAUCACUGUAAAUGGGGCUUCAUACAGAAGCACACCCCCACCAUACACUGCCAGCCCAACGGCCACUGGGAGAUACCCAGAAUCACCUGCAUACGCCCUGCAACCUAUCACAAGUCUGUGGUUCUUCGACGCCUGAGCGACACGAUGGAGCCACAAAGCAGGCAGCUCAUCCAACACACCGAGAGUCAACACAAACACAACCCAGAGCAGAAACUGAGCAACAGCCACCUGCAGAGUGUCUGGAACCCUGCUGAGAAUCAAUUGAGGCAAAUCUUCCAGAAGAAGUGGAAAUCACAGGUCCACACACAAAACCAGGAUCAGACGGGACACUGAAGACAGUUUUUAUGAUAAGUCAGAGUAGCGAUGAGAGCCAGUCCUUGCAGGCUGGCCUGGAUGGUCCAGAGGCAUCGACAGACUCCACCAGGGAUGUUACAUGUCUCAACAAUCAUUAACCAAACACUCCAGGAAGUUAACUAGUAUCACUAGUUAAUGUUUAGGGUCUUUUUAAAGUGAUUGCAUCAUAUUUUUAAAUGUCUGGGUCACUAAUAAACCUGCUUGUUUCUGCUUUAAAACUUCUAAAA